CAGGGAGCAGCAAGAGCAGGGCUGCUCUGUGAGGGAAAAAUGAGCCAGGAGCCAAAGGGGACCGUGCCCUCACUGAUCAGGACGCAGUCCUGCAGCAUCUAAGCGUGGCAAGCAGAGCAGGGUGCUCCUAAGAGCGUCCGUGGACAGUCCCAGACGGGGUGAGGUGAUGAACCGUGUCUAGGGUCUAGCCAGGGAGUGCAGCCGGGAGCAGCAGGACAUGGAGCCAGAGACGACUGGAGACAAGGCCACAACAUAGGUCUGAGGGCAACAUCCGGGAGCCAGAACUGCAGACAAAGCUAUGAUAUAGGGCUGAGAGGUCUAUCCAGGAGAGAGGUCCACUAGCAGAACUUGAGACAGGUACAAUUACAACGCAGCUAAAGCAACUGUGAAUGGAAACCCCAGGUUAGGCUGAUCAGGGCAGUCAGGGCCUGUUGGUGCCUCAGGGCCCCAACAUAAAUAUAGCCAGAAAAAAAUUGUAAAACAAAAACAUAAUUAGAAUUUCUCUCAAGUUUCUUAACAUCAAGAGUUCAAUAUAGAUGCGUGUGCCUCACACAUGGAUGAUUAUGUGACCACCUUGGGGAAACUUGUGGCUUCUCGGUAUGCAGAUGGUCUGUUUCCUCAAUACAAGAGAGCCCAAGAUGGAAGCGUAUAUAAUGUAAGUAACCAAAAAAGAACUGAUUCUUCAUUUUGUGGAUUGUCUAAUGGGAGCUAUUGAGCUAUAUAAGCAGCGAAUGGAAUGGUUAACCAGUGAGAGCCGGCAGAUAUUUGGAGUGAUUCAAGAACGGUGCAUUGUCAUUGUUUUGGAUUUCGGCUCUGUGGCUCCAAGUGAAUUUGAUCUAUGUCGGGAUGCGCUUUCUAUGGUACUUGUGGAACAGGUGACCCAAAUUGCCAAAUUCAACCUCAUUCGGGCUGCUCAGGAUCUUACAAAGUGGCAACAGAAAUCUACUCCUGUGUCUGACCAUACUGUAAAAUCUGCUGUUACGUGGCUCUGGAAGCUGGACCAUAUGACAGCUGCCAGCCAUACCAGCUCUGCUGAAGCCCUGCUGGAAGCCAUGAGUGAUGAGGCGGUUGAAGCCGUUUAUUACUUUGCUGUGGGCGAUGUUCCAUUGGACACAAAGCAGCUACUCCUUGAGAAGGUUUCUGAUGGGCCCUGUCCAGUCAACACUGUAUCAUUCAAUGCUAGGGAAGAUGAAACUAUUAUUUUUCUGAAAGAUUUGAGCCACUUGGCCUCUGGCAGAUUCCAUGCUUUUGCUGAGAAGGAUGACUCUAGAGAUGCUACUGGACCUGCACUAAAAUGUGAAGAGGAUGGAAAAGGUCUAAUUGCCCUGAAUUCCAGAAAAGUGAAAGGGCGAAUGCCACUAGUAGCUGGUGUCCGUGAAGAUGUCUUUUUGAUCUGGAAGGAGUUGGAGGAAGCCAAGAGUACAGUGAGACAAGUUCAGAAAAUUUUAUCAGAAUCUGACCAGCCUGCUUCUCAAGAUGCAACUAAAGCUGAUCACCCACUACAAAAGCAUGCAUCUGACAAAUAUUUGACUUCUGAGAAAUGGUUGCAGAAGUAUGGCUUGAAAGCUCAGAAACUCACACUGUACGAUGCACUUGCUGAUUGUACUUUUCGCCAUGCAGAUGGGAUUGUUGACAUAAAAACUAAACCAGAGGAUGAAUCUUCACGAACUGAUGCUGAGACAAACAGGAAGGUAAUUCAUGCAAAAUACUGUGACAAGUUUGUACAUACCUUCUGGAAAGAUGGAUCUGUAGUUCACGUAUAUGUUAGUACAGAGAAGUAUAAGCAGUACGAACAGAAAAUGAGGACAGCUCUCAGACAAGUGGAAGGAAGGAUUAAGUGGCUUCAACAAGGAAGCAGAGGGCUUUUUGGGAAUGUGCUUGAAGAUAAUGUCUGUAUUCUUAUUGAUACAUCCCAGUCUAUGAAGGAUAAGCUGCCACUGGUGAAGGAGAAAAUCUUUCAGCUCAUACAGGAACAACUGAGACACAAAAAGAGAUUUAACUUCGUGAAAUUUAGUGCCCAAGCAGUGGCAUGGCAAGAGAAACUUGCUGAAGUUAAUGAGGAAAAUUUGCAAGAUGCUUGGCUUUGGAUAAAAGGGCUUGAGGUUGGAAGUUCCACAAAUACACUCAAAGCUCUCCAGAUUGCUUUUGCUGAUACUGACACUCGGGCUAUUUAUCUCUUGACUGAUGGGAGACCUGAUCAGCCCCCCCAAAUAAUUUUGGCUCAAGUCCAGCUUCAUCGUAAAAUUCCCAUCCAUACUGUAUCCUUCAACUGUGAUGAUAUAGAAGCUAAUAAAUUUUUGUACAAACUAUCUACUGAAACAGGGGGACGGUUUCAUUAUUACAACAUUUAUUUGACUGAUCCUGAUGCUGCAGAGUAUAUUACUAGUGAAGACAUACAUCUUUUGAAAAGAGAGAUUGAACAAGGAGAGAGAGACCUAGAAAAAGUGAAGACCUUUCAUGCCGAAUGUCUGAUGAUGGAUUGUUACAACCGAGAAAAUGAUCCAGAGAAUAACAGUAAUCACAAGCAGACACAUGCUGUGUCGUCUGUAACUGAACACAUUGAAGAGCUGAGUACCGCUCUUAGCAGUAGGCCGUGCUGUGCUUCAGAAGAGCCAGCACUGACACUACAUCAGCAAACCUGGCAAACCACUGCUGACAGUCCAGCCCGAAGGAAGAAAGCGUUAUAUGCAGAGCAAACAAAGACGAGUCUGCUGCGAAUCCUGAGCCAUAGUGUGAAAUCUAGGGAAGAAAGCCCAGAGGAAGGAAUAUCCCCUGAAAAAAAGAACUUUUCUGUCAAAAAGACUGUGAAAAGUACAACCAUUUUCAAAGAUCUGAAAAUGCAGAAAGCUGUGAAAAGGACACCUAAAAGUUCUCUAGAUACCUCUUCCGCCCUUUGGUUAAAGACGCAUGGCUUGGUUGCUAGGCGACUCACCAUCAUGGAUGCCUUAGCUCCUACAGCUGUCCCUCAUGGUACCAAAUACAUCCCAGUUCUGGACAAGCAUGUAGUUUCUAAAGUAUUUGAUGAGAUGUUACCAUUGGCACAUGUUAGCAACGACAAGAAGCGGAUCACACUAAUUAAUCCUCAGGCAGUGAAUCUCGAUGCCUAUAAAAAGAAGCUGGAACAAGCAAUUAAAUCCUAUGAAAGGCGCCUAAACCUCCUUAUCUGGAGAGCACUAUCUCAGGAGGAAAGAGACAAAUUUAAAGAGGAUGGGCCAGUCCAAUAUAUGCAGCAUAAAGAAGCUUUGCUGGAGGCUUUAGAGAAUCUGGGAUGGCCAAUUUCCUAUGAAGAUAUCAUAUUGUUAGAAGAUGAGAUACUGGCAGCAUUAACAUAUAUACAACAAGCCUCUGAUCUGCAGGAAGCUGUCAAAAAGGAAACUGAGAAAAGCUCAGAAUCACACAUAAGCGACAAUAAAAAGGGGCAAAGAAUAAACCAGAAAAAGAUGUGUGGAAAAGUUGGAGAUUUCAAGCUGUAUGUUUUUGUGAUUCAAAGGAACUGUGUAAGAGAUGGAUGCUUGCAAGUUGUUUAUGGGAGACUUGAAGAAGAAACUAUGAAGUCAAAGUCUAAAAAAAGACAAAAAGGCCAAGUAUUUUUGACUCACAAAAGCCAAAAGGUGAUUGCAAGAUCAGACGUCACAGGAUUUUAUUAUCCAGGAACUGUGAUAAAGAAUAUCAGUUCUACCUCUGCACUUGUUGACUUCAGCAAUGGGGAGACCUGGAUUGUACCUGUGAAGUUCACUAUACCUGUGGGAGGCGCGAUGCCAUGCCCGUAUCUGCAGGUCGGAGACUCUGUGUUUGCCAGAACUGGGACACAGACAGGAAAUGAGUAUUACGCACCUGCCAUUGUCAUAGCAACACCAAAGAGGGUGGACAUGGGUGAUAAACUCUACACAGUUCUGAUGUUCAACAACAGGAAAGAACACUGUGUAAGAAGCGGGCUUAUUAAAAUCAGCCAAACGAAGUAUGCCUUUUCCUGUCGGUACAUAAGAAUGGUGCAGAUGGUGGAUUAUAUGACCCUGGACAGAGAGACCACAAAGGUGUAUCCGCACUCAUCUGUGGAAGAUGGAGGAGGAGGAGAAGCAAAGAAAAGUAUUGUGAAAGAAGAUAGAGAAAAAAAUAAAUACAAGAGGAAAGCAGAAGACAAAAGACAUGCCAGGGAGAGGAUGUUGGACUCUGAAGAUCUUUUGUUUGUCUCCAGAAGGGAAGUAAAACUGGGAGGAAGAAUUUCACUGCCUAGCAAUGAAGAAGAAUUUGAAGCAUCUUCAGUCUCCAUUUCAUCAUCCUGGCAUUCAUCAAGGAGUCAAACUCUGGAGUUGCUGAGAUCUUCAACUCCCAGCUCACCAAAGCAUCCCUGUUGCUUGCACAGUCAUGCUGUAGAAAAGUCUCCAGAGCCUGGUAAAAGCAACAUCACCAGAAUUAUUAGAGUCAAUGUGGAACAGCAAGGAUUGGCAAGACAGCCUCAGCACCACUGCGCAGAGCAAAGGAAGCCAUGUUAAGGGUGCAUCAUGAAGGAGCUUGUGAGGAAUGGAGGAGGCUGCAGAUAGGAAAGAUUUUUAGCACCUGUAACUGUGAAAUUUUAUUCCUUGAAUCCAAAAUAAACUGACUAGUUAAUGCUAAA